AGGAAGGCCGAGAAAUUCAGGCUUGCAGCCCAGAGGCCUCAGCCCCGGCUUCCAGAAAUGGAAGACGCUGUGGGUCGGGAGCCAGAGCUCUUUGUUCUAGUUUUAGCCGGACCCGUGACUCCCGGCGUGGCUUUGCGCGAGUUCCCGCCCCUCACUGGGCCUCCGUGUACCCACCAGUAAAGUGGGAGGGUUUUUGGAUGGCUCUCCCUAAUUUCCAGAUUGACUUAAAUUCAUUUCCUUGUCAGACUUCCCCUACGGCUUGCCCCCGGCUUCGCCAGCCACUGCCCUUCCUCAGCAGCAACUUGGCUGUACUCUGAAACUCUGGACCCUCAGGUUCCCCCCAGACCACCUGGGAUUGUCUGGAAUCGACUGUGUGGGGCAAGAAGCUGCACCCAGCCUCCCGACAGCAGGCUGAGGACUUGCUUCUUGGGCAUGGAGUCAGUAAUCCUUUUACUGGCUCCCCACCUAGGCAGACCUUGUUACCGCCAGUAAAGACGCAUCGGAGGCUUAGAGACAGGACCUGGCUCUGUCUGCCUUUGGCCCUGCGCUGUGCCGAUUCACCCAAAUCAGAUUGUUUUAAAAUCCAAAUUUGUCUAAGCAUGAUGCAGUAGAAGGGAGCACUGGCCAGAGUCUGGAAGUUUGGGUUCUGGUGCUGGCUGUGUACCUUAGGCUAGUAUCUGCCCCUCUCUGGCUCAGUCUUCCCUGAUAAACAAGGGGUCUGUCACAUGGUCUGCAAGGACCCUGUGUCUUUGGUAUUGUUAACAAUAGUAAUAGCAAUCAUAAUUGUGUCCUUACCUUGACCUACAAGGCCCUGCCACAGUGGGCCCUGUCUACCCAAAGCAGCAGACUUGCCGUUGACCUACCUCGGGGCCUUUGCACUUGGUGUUUCCAGUGCCAGGAACACUUAACCACCUCCAUUUCCUGCAUAGUCAUUCUUCAGAUCUCCCCCGAAACUUGACUUACUUAGGAAGUUCAACACAGAUGGGAUCCCUGGGUUUAUAUCCUAAUGGCACAUGCUGACUUUGUUAUACUUCAGUGUUUGUAUAGUUCUUUGUCUAAUAUCUGUGUCUCGUAUUCUUUAAAGCCUGUAAAUGCCAGGAGGGCUGGAAAUCUAUCCUGUUCCCUAGCAUCUAGCACAUAGUAGGUGCCCAGAAAUUUGUGGAAUGAACGGAUGAUCUCAUUUCAUGCAACAGUCUCGUGAGGUUGGCACAUCGUGCUCCUCUUCAGUCAGGAGACAGAGAUUCAGAGAGUGACACUCCUAGGGUCACACAGAUCUUCUGCUGUGAGGACGUGCCACAACUCUGGCCCACAAGGCCCGGAGAGAGAAGACCUUUAGGUUGUUGCGGGGGGGGGGGGGGGGUCUUGUCCGGCUCAGUUUCUCUUUAACCCCUGGCGGACUUAGGGUGCACUUGCCCCCCUCCGACAGGCCCAUGGCGCAUCGGCUGCAGAUACGACUGCUGACGUGGGACGUGAAGGACACACUGCUCAGGCUCCGCCAUCCUGUGGGAGAGGAAUACGCCACCAAGGCCCGGGCCCACGGGCUGGAGGUGGAGGCCGCCGCUCUGGGACACGCCUUCAGGCAGGCCUACAGGACUCAGAGCCACAGCUUGCCCAACUACGGCCUGAGCCAAGGCCUCACCUCCCGCCGGUGGUGGCUGGAUGUGGUCUUGCACACCUUCCAGCUCGCGGGUGUUGGAGACGCGCAGGCUGUGGCCCCCAUCGCUGAGCGGCUGUACGAGGACUUCUGUAAGCCGUGCACCUGGCAGCUGUUGGAGGGGGCCGAGGCCACCCUGAGACGGUGCCGAGAACGAGGUGUGAGGCUGGCAGUGGUCUCCAACUUUGACCGGCGGCUGGAGGACAUCCUGAGGGGGCUGGGCCUGCGGGAACACUUUGACUUUGUGCUGACCUCUGAGGCUGCCGGCUGGCCCAAGCCUGACCCCCGGAUUUUCCGCGAGGCCUUGCGGCUUGCUCGAGUGGACCCGGCAGGAGCAGCCCACAUUGGGGACAGUUACCACUGUGAUUACAAGGGGGCCCAGGCUGUAGGGAUGCACAGCUUCCUGGUGGUUGGCCCAGAGCCCUUAGACCCUGCAGUCAAGGGUUCUGUACCCCAAGAAUGUCUCCUCCCCUCACUGUCCCAUCUCCUGCCUGCCCUUGACCGCCUGGAGGGCUCACCUCUGGAACUUUGAGUCUGACGAGGGAAGUGGCUCCAGCGAACUAGAAAGCUCCUCCCUUUCUGAGAUCAGGCCUUUGGCUCUCUCCCUGCGGCGUCCAAAUGCAUUCUGACUAUAAAGUGGUGAAUGCAGGGCUUUGAGCCCGUCUCCACGCCUCUCAGGUGGUUUAUUUGUCACACCUGUGUCUUUCCCCACCCCCACCUACAAGAUUCACUAAGGGCCCAACUAGCUUCAGAACCAGGCACAUUCAAAAAUUUGUUUUAGCAGCAGGGCCCUAUUGUUAUGGGAGAUCUUACUGGAACCCCAAUGUGCAAAACAGCAAAAGCAAGAAACUUCUAGGGUUGAAACAGGUUCUAGAGCCCCACAGUCGGGCCCUGAAGCCUCUAUGACUCCCCGUGGGAAGCAGGAGAUCGGAGGAGCUUAGUUUGGAAAACUGGGGUGCUAAGCUGUGCUGUAGGGACAUGUCCUCUAGGACUAUAUAGUGUAAAUAGGAUCUCAGAGAAGGAGCACCCGAAUUACAUCAUGAGAAGAAA